AUGCUUUUCUUCUGGAUUCUCUCACUUGUCAUUCUCGUAUGGCGACUGAAGGUCUCUCACACUCACCUUUCCAAAAUCCCUAAAGGCGUGCCCUGGUCAAAAGGACGCUUCAUGCCAUAUCUUGUCACCCAGACUUCUGCCAUAUGGAACAGCCCCAAGACAAUUGGCGAGGCUUAUCAAAAGGCACUUUUCCUCCUCAAGAAUGGCCUUAUCUGCGCCUUUACGCUACCUUUUAGUCGCCCUGAGAUCCUUCUCCCUCAAACUCAUAUCCGCUGGAUCACUUCCCAGAGCGAUAGAGUCCUAAGCCCAACUCCUGUUCAGCACGAAAUCAUCGGUAUCAAGUAUGCCUUCCUUAACUCCUCGAUCGAAAAAGACUUUGUGGCCUAUGAUAUCCUUCGUGUCAAGUUAAACAGACACCUGCCAGGGAUGGUGCCCAUGCUUAUGGAUGAACUGGCUUCUUCCGUGAAUGAGACGUUUGGUUCAGACACAGAAUGGAAAGAAGUCCAAGUUUUUCCUCUUGUCCGAAAGGUCCUUACAAAGCUUACGGCACGGCUGGUCUUCGGCGGGUCGCUAAGUGAUGAUAAAGAACUUCUAGAGAACCUAUCAAAAUUCUCGAGCGCGGUCAUACCAAGUGCCGUAGCACUGUCCCUGUCCCCACCCUUUCUCCAACCCAUUUCAUCUCGUCUUACCUCAAUUUUCAACCGAAUCUACAUGCGAAGAGCCCUCAGAAUCAUUGGCCCACAAAUCGAACAGAGAAUCGCAGCAGCGGAAACUGGCAAUCUCAAGGAUAUUCCACAGGAUAAUGUGUUGACCUGGCAUAUCGAAGAGGCACUACGCAAGAAGGAGCCUCGCGAAGGCUUGGCGGAUGUAAUAGCCUGUCGCGUUUUCGCUACCAUGUUUGCGGCUUUGGAAUCUACGACAUUGACAAUGACACACGCGCUGUUCAACAUUUGCGCAACUGACCCAGCGAUUCAAGUUUGGAGAUGUUUGGAGGAGGAAGGCCGCGAAGCUUUCUCUACAAUUGUAGACCAAAGUACCGUCAAUGGUCUUGAACACACAGACAGCGCCAUCAAAGAGACCCUUCGGCUACAUACAGCCAUCAAAGCACUUUCAGUACAAGUCAUGCAGCCGGCCGGUCUAGACCUCAAGGGUUUCAACAUCCAUCUUCCCCAAGGCUCACGAGUCAGCGUCUCAGUUUGGGGUAUUCACCACGACGAGGACAUUUAUCCUGCUGCAUACACUUACGAUGCCUUCCGGUUUGUUCAGAACAAGGAGGUUGGGAACAAAGAAUCUCUGGUCUCGCCUUCAGAGAAUUAUCUAUCUUUUGGACUAGGUAAACACUCUUGUCCUGGAAGACACUUUGCUGCUAUUGCGACAAAACUAUUCUUGACGUAUCUGGCGGUGCAUUAUGAUGUGGAGGCAGUUCAUGAGAGGCCCAUCUUUAUAAGUCUGGGACAUCUCCCCAUACCUCCUGUGAGGGGAAGGUUGAGAAUACGAAGGAAGAUAGAGUCUUGCCAGGGUUGA